AUGGCUAUGGAAAUAUAUGGGGUGCAGCAGCUUGAUAUCCGAUGUGAAACAAAGACCAAGGUAGUUUAUUUCUGUUUUGUUUCCUAUUUUAUGAGCGUCUAUCCAAUCAUGAGCAACAGAACAUCACACAAAAUCCUGGCAAUAAGGCUGGAUGAUAAUGUUUUCGUGACUGUGGUUGCUUCUAUUCAAUACCGAGCGAUAGCAGAAAAAGCAGCUGAUGCUUUCUAUAAGCUAAGCAACACGAAGGAGCAAAUUCAGGCUUUUGUCUUUGAUGUUAUCAGGGCAAGCGUGCCAAAGUUGGAGCUAGAUAAAGUCUUUGAGCAGAAAAAUGAUGUUGCAAAAGCUGUUGAGGACGAACUUGAAAAGGCCAUGCCUCUAUAUGGAUACGAGAUUGUUCAGACUCUCAUUGUAGAUAUCGAACCUGAUGAGCUUGUGAAGCGAUCCAUGAAUCAGAUAAAUGAAGCUUCAAGAAUGAGGGAAGCUGCAAAUGAAAAGGCUGAAGCAGAGAAGAUAUUGCAGAUCAAACGAGCCGAGGGAGAUGCAGAGUCCAAAUACCUGGCUGGGCUUGGCAUAGCUCGUCAGUGUCAAGCCAUAGUGGAUGGGCUGAGGGACAGCGUGCUCGGGUUCUCUGUGAAUGUGCCUGGGACAACCUCCAAGGAUGUCAUGGACAUGAUCUUGGUAACCCAGUACUUAGACACUAUGAGGGAGAUUGGUGCCUCCUCUAAGUCUUCUUCAGUUUUCAUUCCACAUGGACCAGGGGCAGUGAGAGAUGUUGCUUCCCAAAUUAGGGAUGGUCUCCUUCAAGGUAAUACUGCUCAACUAUGAAGUCCAACAACAAUGUGAAUCUCAAUAAACGAGUUGGAGUUUGAGUUUCUUUUGGCAUAUGAAAUGGGUGGUGUUAUCAUGUAAGAAGAAAACUAUCUAUUUGUGCUUUCUAUUCCUGCAGGAGAUAAAUAGAGUUUCAUGUAUAUGUGAAAAAUGGUGCUGUGUGCUUUUGUAUUCCUAUAGUCGUUAAUACAUAUUAUUAGCGACAAACACAUUGGUUUGUACUACAAUCUUUGUAGUUUUCGUAAUUCCCCAUAUGAAAUA